AUGAAAAGGGCUAUCAAAGAAAUUCAACAUGAACUUGGAGAAGAUAGCAUUAGCACUGAUAAUGAGGACUUGACAUUGCACGGCUAUUCUGAAUGGUCUUCUGUUAAUAUUGAGCGUCUGCCUGUGGCCGUUGCCUUCCCCCAGUCGACUGAGCAGGUUGCCGCAAUCGCGAGAAUUUGCCAUAGAUAUCAAGUACCCAUGAUUCCGUACUCCGGGGGAUCAAGUGUCGAGGGCCACUUCUCUGCACCCUUCGGGGGAAUAAGUGUCGAUUUUCUGAAUAUGGGCAAGAUUGUUGCCUUUCAUCCCGAAGAUAUGGACGUUGUUGUCCAGCCCUCGGUCUCCUGGAUGGAGCUGAAUGAGAAUAUCAAAGACAGUGGAUUGUUUUUCCCAGUUGACCCUGGCCCUACAGCGAAGAUUGGAGGCAUGAUCGCCACCAAUUGCAGUGGUACAAACGCUGUACGCUACGGAACGAUGAAAGACUGGGUCAUCAACCUCACGGUCGUUCUCGCGGACGGGAGAGUUAUCAAAACUCGACAAAGGCCGCGGAAGUCCUCAGCCGGGUAUAAUUUGAACGGCCUUUUCACUGGCUCUGAAGGGACACUGGGCUUCACUGGAGUUGCUGUCACAACAUUCCCGACAAUGAGAGAUGCCGCAAACGCAGCUACACAGAUUAUUCGGCAAGGCAUACCAAUUGGAGCUGUCGAGAUCUUGGACGAUGUUCAGAUGGAUGUUAUCAACAAGAUGGCGGCCACUGGUAGGGAAUGGAAGAAGCUGCCCACGCUUUUCUUCAAAUUUAGUGGCACGAAGGCGGGGGUCCAGGAUAACAUUUAUGGCGUCCGGGAGAUUGUUUGCCAGAACGGAGGAAGUGACUUUGAGGUGGAACAGGAUAAGUCAAAGCAGCAAGUGCUUUGGUCCGCUCGCAAGGAAGCCCUGUGGAGCAUGCUUUGCAUGAGAGAAUCUGGGCACGAGGUGUGGUCCACGGAUGUGGCUGUUCCUAUGUCUCGACUUCCAGAUUUAGUCGAGAUAUCCAAGAAAGACCUUGAGCAAUUGGGGCUGUUCGGAAGUAUGCUCGGCCAUGUUGGUGACGGCAACUUCCAUGAGACUAUCCUGUUUGACGGUGCCAAAGAACGCGAUAAGGUGGCAAAGUGUGUUCACGACAUGGUCCAUCGCGCAAUUGAAAUGGAAGGCACUUGCACGGGCGAGCAUGGGAUCGGCCUUGGAAAGAAGGAUUUCCUGGAGAAAGAGGUCGGCGAGGGCAGUGUGUCUGUCAUGCGCGCGAUUAAAUUAUCACUGGAUCCGAAGUGGUUGAUGAACCCUGGGAAAGUGUUUGAUGUUUGA